AUGUCUGACCACGAAGAAGUCACCUCUGGCUCGGGUUACAACACCCCGGUCCCGGAGCUCGACGAUCAUCGUCACCAAAUCUCAUCCAUUCAGAGAACGGGAACCGAACGUGCCCGCCGUGGUACCGUUGACACCCUUUAUGGAACCCGCCAGCAUCUUCAACCGCCUGGACCUUACUCCCCUUCUAACGCCAGGGGAAGAGACUUCGAAGAAGCAGUUGUCGAUGAAGAGGAUGGGAAUAUAUCACCAAUGGCUACUCACAGUCGUAGACCCACCUUCGACUCGACCAUUGAACAACAACGGGCUGUAUCCCCGCCGAAUUCUGUCAAAGCAUUCGCUGAAGCUCGCCGUCGAGAACGCGCCCUGUCGGUGACAGAUGGCCGAGCACAGAGACAGGACGAUGAGGAUGCUCUCCAUCGCACCUAUUCUUCCGUUAGCCGCAGAAGCCAAACGAGCCAGCGAUCUGGACGAAGCAAGCCUGCGACGUAUGUUCCUGACGAUGGCGCCAGUUUAGCGACUAACAAAACUGCGGAAGACGACGUGUGCUUCCCUAUGCAGGAUGAACACCGCCACGACCAGUUACAUAUCGACUUUGACUAUCUCGAGAACUUCGUCGCAUCCGAAAAUGCUGCUCGACGAGACAGCGUUGGUGCGCAAGGAGCUCUUCGAACAUUCCCUAGCUUAACACAAGACUCGGCUCCCGAACCUGCACGUAUGGUUACUGUUGAUGGCGACUUCGUCAACCUCCCCUCUGGAUCCCUGGAUGCUGACCAGGAGAAGUCCGAAGAAGCAGGCGAAGCCCAAUUUCCAAAGCCAGUAGAGAAGGAGCCGCACCUGGACCCGAACCGAUUUAGCUUCUUUUCUUCAGCCUGGGAGUCCACCAUCCACGCUGCCGAGUUUGGGGACCUUGUUCUCCCUGGUGAAGACUUGCGUGGCCUUUUCACCUUUCCUCAUGACGAGCCGGAUGGUGUUUGGUGGUUGAACGUCAAUAGGCCAACUGAAGAAGAGGUUCGGGCUUUAUGCAAGGCCUUUGGAGUUCACCCCUUGACUAUCGAAGACAUCACUACUCAGGAGGCCCGCGAGAAGAUUGAAAUCUUCUCGUCGUAUUAUUUUGCAUCCUUCCGGUCUUUCAACGUCGUUCAAGACGACGAGGACGGCCCCGAUUAUGAACCAUUCAAUGUUUAUGUCAUCGUCUUCCGCGAGGGUACCUUGAGUUUCAGCUUCGUCCCUAAUCAUCAUGCCUCUCAGGUUCGUAAGAGAAUUUCUAGCCUCAAGGAGUACGUUUCCUUAAGUAGCGACUGGAUUUGCUACGCCUUCAUCGAUAACAUUGUCGAUUCCUUUGCUCCCGCACUUUCAAAAGUCGAGACACUCACGGAAGCCAUCGAUGAUUCUGUAUUUAUCGCUCGGCCCGAGGACAACCGAAUGUUUCUGCGCAAGAUUGGUGGCGUCCGCAAGAACACGUUAGCACUUAUGCGUGGGCUCGGAGGCAAGGCCGAUAUCUUGAAGGGCUUCACUAAACGCUGCAACGAGGACUACAAAGUCACACCCCGCAUGGAUAUCGGCUUAUACCUUGGUGACAUCCAGGACCACGUCGUAACCAUGAUGACCAAUCUCACCCACUUCGAGAAAAUCCUGUCACGAGCUCACAGCAACUACCUUGCUCAACUGACGGUCGAUAGCAUCACGCAAGGAACAGAGACGAAUAAGGUUCUCGCGAAAAUAACGUUCCUAGCCAGUCUGAUUGUCCCCUUCAACGUGGUCACUGGUCUAUUUGGCAUGAACGUCGGGGUCCCUUUCAAAGACGUCGACAAUACAAACGCCUUUUUCGUCAUUGUAGGAUGUCUGGUAUUUUUCUGCGUGGGUUGCUGUGCCUUCGCGCGCAAGAAGCGAAUGCUCUAG